AUUGGGAGGCCGCUUCCGGGUUGGGCAGGCUCCACCGGGCAGAAGUUUGUGGGGGAGCUCCGGGUCCCCAACCCGCGGAGGAGAUGGAUGAGGACGGGCUCCCGCUCAUGGGGUCAGGCAUAGACCUGACCAAGGUGCCCGCGAUCCAACAGAAAAGGACGGUGGCGUUUCUCAACCAAUUCGUGGUGCACACCGUGCAGUUCCUCAACCGCUUUUCCACGGUGUGUGAGGAGAAACUGGCAAACCUUUCUCUGAGGAUACAGCAAAUUGAAACAACUCUUAAUAUUUUAGAUGCAAAGCUGGCAUCCAUCCCGGGCCUCGAUGACGUGAUGCUGGAAGCAUCUCCUGUAAGUGUCACCAGUGUCACAGACAGAUCCCACUCUGAAGCCACCUCAGAGCAGUCACAGCAGAACAGUACACAGGACCCUGGACCACAGGAAAGUGAAGUAUCGUCAGAAAAUAUCUUAACUGUAGCUGAGGAUCCAAGAUAUGCCAGAUAUCUCAAAAUGGUUCACGUGGGUGUUCCGGUUAUGGCAAUAAGAAACAAAAUGAUAUCAGAAGGACUAGACCCGGAUCUACUUGAGCGGCCUGGUGCUCCUGUGCCUGAUGCUGCCGUGGAGAAGAGCAUGGGCGGCAGCUCGGACAGCGAGUCUUCCUUCAGUGACUGAGCCAGCCCAGCAGCCACAGACGCCAGGCGCUGGCCCCCAGCUGCAUCCUGCGGCACCCGCCGCCUAGUGUCUGGGUUGAAAAGAAAGCCGUUCUAGCCUGCCAGCAGCACGCCUUGCUACCAAAAUAAAGGGCUCUGCAGCGAGACACAGUGACCUAAACUGCAGUGCGUGCUUCAGUGCUCGGAGGAGGUGUGCCGGGGCCGGGUCGCCUCCAGGAGGAAGGAUGUGAGCUCAGGUGGUGCAGAAAUUAACGCAUUUUGUACAAAUUUUAAAUGCUUUAGCAUGAAAAAUGCUGUGCACUUUUUCUUUCUUUUUUCUUUUUUUUAACAUACG